AUGAACAUUGAUCCUAUUCUUUUCUUCAGUAACCCCAACUUACCUGAAGAAAUUUCUUCAUCAUUGAGGAAAAUAGGACUGCAGGUGCUAUGCGUUCCAGUCUUACUCAUCUGUUUAAAUUUGAAACAAAAUAUCUGUUCCAAUUCAAAGUGAUUUUUAAGUAUUUUUAAAAAAUUUAGAAAUUUUAUAAAUUUACAGUGCUAUUUGUUUUAAAUAGUAUUCUGCAUCACUUCUCCCUUUAAAAUAAAACAAGCUAGAAGUUAAUUUCGGUUUUAGCGACAUUAAAUUGGGUAUCAGAGAUAAUUAUAAAUUAAUUAUAAAAUUAAAAAUUUUCCCAAUAUUAAGGGGUCCAAAAAAGGAAAUUUUACACUUUUUUGUUCCAAUUUAAAGGUAGGGUUAGAGACAAAUUACGAAAAACACGAAGGAAAUGUAAAAAAAGCUUUUGAAAAUAUUCAAAAAGUAAAGGCAAUCGUCUUCCCAAGCCACCGAUCUGUGCUUGCACUUGGGAGGACUGGAAUCAAUGUAAGGCAUUUGAAGUGGUAUGCCCUAAGAGAAAGUACUGCUAACGUUUGCUUGGAUAUUCUGUCCAAAAUCCCUGAAGUUACUGUCAAAAAAGGGCUUCCUGAGCUGAUUGAUACUUUAAGAAAUGAUACAGAUUUGAUAGGAAGUCAAAUUAUUUUUCUCAGUGGCUAUCGUCAGAAAGUGACGCCUAUCAGACAACUAAAAGAAUUUGAUAUAAUUAUUUAUAGUAAAUAGGCAAUGACAAUUUUAUUAUAUAGCAAAAUCUAACUAUAAAGAAUUUCUAUUUAUAUGAACAGGUAUAUAUCAGUCCGGAAUGUCUGCUGCUUCUCUACAUCUUCUGUUUAUAAAACUGAUAUCCUUAAAACACUUAAAGGAAUUACUCCAGUUGCUUGCGUGUUUUUUAAUGUAGCUGGAGUAAGAAUUGUCUGCAACACUUUGAAAAACACUGGAUGAGAAUGAAGAGACAAGUGCAUUUUUGCAACCGAGGAAACGGUUGCAAAAGCACUCAGGGAAAAGAAAGAAAUAAGGCGUUGUGAUGCGAUACCUCAAGAUUCCAAUUUGGAAGGCAUUAAGCAAAUGCUGCAGAGCUACUUUCGCUGCAAGUGCUAA